AUGCGUCUUUCUGCAGUAGCUGGGCUACUAUCCACCCUUUCAGUUGUCUUGGCUUCACCAGAUCGGCGAUAUCAUGAUGCGCACAAGCGGUCUUCGGAGAACCAAAAUUCCACCAUAGAGUAUGAUUAUGUCGUUGUGGGCUCUGGUGCUGGAGGUGGCCCUGUAGCGGCACGAUUGGCGAUUGCGGGAUAUAAGGUGCUUCUUUUAGAAGCAGGAGAUGACCAGGGAAAUGCUACCCAGCAAAUUGUCCCCGCUCUGCAGCUCCAGUCGACCGAAUAUGAGCCGAUGAGAUGGGAUUAUUUCGUGAACCACUACUCGAACUUGACUCGUCAGGAAGAAGAUACCAAGAUGACAUACCGGACACCUGCCGGUGACCUCCAUGUUGGAAGCAAUGCGCCCAAUGGCUCCGAACCCUUGGGGAUCUUAUACCCUCGAGCAGGUACUUUGGGUGGAUGCUCUGCUCACAAUGCCAUGAUCACUAUCUACCCGUACGAGAAGGACUGGGAGCAACUGGCCAGUCUCACUGGCAAUGAUUCAUGGUCUGCCUCAAACAUGCGACAAUACUUUAAGAGACUAGAGCGCAAUCGAUAUCUGCCCAGUAGCGUGCUAGGCCAUGGAUUUGAUGGAUGGCUUACAACGAGUCUUACAGACUUGCGUCUCGUCAUUGAAGACCAAAAACUUCUUUCUUUGAUCUUGGCCGGCGCAACUGCCGCGGGUCAAUCACUAUUGGGUAAACUUAUCACCACGGUCACGGGCCUUGCCGGAAUUCUGCUACGUGAUCUGAACAACCCCCUCCCUUCGCGCGACUACGAGGAGGGUCCAUACCAGGUUCCUCUCGCCGUGGAUGUCCCUGAGUACAAGCGGACAGGCCCUCGAGAAUUCCUCAUGAAGACAGUCAACGCCGUGAACUCGGAUGGUUCGCGGAAAUAUCACCUUGAUAUCCAGCUAAACACCCUAGUAACAAAGCUCCGGUUCGAUACCACCGGAUCAAAGCCACGGGCUACCGGUGUCGACUAUCUUCGAGGACAGAGUCUCUACCGUGCUGACCCCCGGGCUUCCCAAACAUCGUCUAAUGGGACACCAGGUAGCGUGAGUGCUGCUCGCGAAGUGAUCCUGUCUGCAGGCUCGUUCAACACCCCCCAGCUGCUGAAGCUGAGUGGCAUUGGCCCAAAGGAGGAGCUGUCCAAACUUGGAAUUUCAACACUGGUAGAUCUCCCUGGCGUGGGUCGUAAUCUUCAGGACCGGUACGAGGUGGGCACAGUGGGCAAGUCACCUACCGAUUUCGUCCUCACAUCCAAGUGUACCUUUUUGUAUACUCUUCCCGAUCCCUGCCUGGAACAGUAUGAGAAUGAUCCCCUCUUCAAAGGCACCUAUACUACCAAUGGAAUCGCAAUCGCCAUUAUUCGAAAGUCGUCUGUCGCAGAGGAUGAGCCCGACCUAUUGAUUUCUGGAGCACCCGUCAACUUCCCCGGGUAUUACCCUAACUACUCAUACGAAGGUCUCAAAGAUGCUCAGCACUGGACCUGGAUCACGUUGAAAUCUCGCUCCCGCAACAAUGCUGGCACAGUUGAACUGCGAUCAACUGACCCGCGUGAUAUGCCCCUUAUCAACUUCAACUCGUUCGAUGCCGGAGUGACCACGGAUGGUGCAGCUGAUAAGGACCUGCAGGCUGUUUAUGAAGCAAUGCAGUUCUCCCGCACAAUUUUUGAUGACCUUGUUCCCCUCGAUGGUGGGUUUGAAGAGGUCUGGCCGGGACCUAAUGUCACUACCGAGAAUGAAAUGAAAAACUUCAUUAAGCAAGAGGCGUGGGGCCACCAUGCAUGCUGCACUGCUGCUAUUGGAGAAGAUGGGGAUCCUCAGGCUGUGCUGGAUGCUGACUUCCGUGUUCGUGGGGUUGAUGGGCUGCGUGUUGUGGAUGCUUCGGUCUUUCCCAAGAUCCCGGGGUACUAUAUCGCCCUGCCUAUUUAUAUGAUUAGCGAGAAAGCUGCCGAGGUUAUCAUUGCCGAUGCUGUAUAA